AUGUCGCCCUCAAGGGCGGUAGUCAAGGACAAUCCGGGUGAUCCGACUGAAACAGAUGUGGAGAGGAAGGUUGAUAUAAAGACUGGAGACCGAGAACGAUCUGAACUCGAGGGGAAUGCCGGCAUCAAAGAUAAGAAUGCGGAGACUGCUGAGGAGAAUGCUCGCAUUGUCGGCGCGUCUAAGCUAGUCGAAGCACUCACAGCCCUCGACAAGAAUCGCCAUAGUAGUCGCACACGCAGAGGUGUUACUACUUACAACGUGAAGGAACUUGCUGGCACCGCAAUCCAUACUCCUCGAAAGUUUAACAAGGGCGAGAACGGUGAAGACAAGAUCAGUUCUUCAAAAUUUGAGAAGGUUGAAGCUUCUUCAACCCGCCCUCCUUCGAAAUUAAAUGAUAAGUUAGGCAAAUACGCUAGCCUCCCUUUGUCAUCCUUCACAACUGUUUCGAAAUUUGUAGAGACCAGAAAGCAGGGCACAGCAGUUUUCGUUUCCGUUUCAUCUUCCGCAUCUACUCUUGACGGACUCACCUCUGAGGUGACAACACCAGUUUCAUCAAAAAACACACUAGCCUUUCCGCCACCCACUGGUCUCAACCACAACUCGGCGAAGCCACUUCUUCCAGUCUCUCUAGCACCUCCGAUUUUGCGGAAGAAGGUCAGCUACAAUCCCUUCCACCAGCAAAUCAAGUUGGUAGUCAAGCAGAAGGGAGAAGUAGAAGAGCACUCGGUCAAACAUACUAAUCCACGCGACGCCGUUACUCUCGGUGCUGUCAGCAAGUUGUCCUCAUCCGCAGAUAGUAUAAAGGAGUGGGGUAGUGCCGUUAAAAGUGCAUAG